CUUAAUAUAAUAGGGUUAAAAGAAAAUUUAAUAAUUUUUUUAUUAUUCUUUUAUCGCUCACGGUCUGUUAGAUGACUCGUGGUGUUUAUUUCAUUUACGAUUGAUAUGACGGAUGAACUUCCGAUUCUGUUUUUCAAUAAUAUUAAGCAAAAUUUUAAUCAUAUUUACAUUUUUAAACAUCAUUUAUUUAUAUUGUAAUUUUGAUGAAUCGAAACCUUUUCUUUCCCUCAUUGCUAUAUCGUCCAACUGAGCAUGCGCUAAAUUAGAAAUGAUGUGAUCUGUCAAACGAUUUGUCAACUUUUUAAAUGUAGAAGGAAUUUAGAGCGUGUUCCAAAGGAACCGUUCCGUGUCGGAGAAUUCACACUUUAAUGGCACGAUAUUUUCAAUUUAAUAGUCUUUUUGAUACUUCCUCAAUAGUUUUCCCCUCUCUUUUUGUCUGCAUUUUGAUUGGUGUGCAUAUUGCAUCAACACGCAUCUUCCAUUUUAUACAAGCUAUAUUUGUUUUUAAGAUCCUGAAUCAACUUUAGUUUAUCUUCGUUUUAUUUCAGAAUCAAUCGUUUCCUAUGUUUGUUUUUUAAGCUCUUCGCGUUUUUUGCAAAUAAAAUUUCUUUACUUUGAAUUAUUCUUUCUAUUUGUAUCACGUCAUGAUAUUUUAUUCCUUUGCUCUCACUAUUUUCGGUUUUUUGUUGAUAAAUUUCCGUGAUUAAAAAAAGAAAAGAAAAAAAAGCAUUUAGGAAGAAACGCAAUUAUUGUAAACAUCUAUUUUUUGUAUUGUGAGUUCUUCCAAUGACGUGAUUUUUCGAAUUUAUAAAAGCACUUUUAAAAGAUCCUGCUUACAACAUAGAGAUAUUUCAGAGUGAAGAAAAAAUAAGAUAUGCUCUUAUUUUAUUUAAUCGGAAUUUUAUUCGCAUUUGGAACUCCAGUGAGUACUGCGGGUGAUUUUGCCUUCUGCUUACAACACAUUGUAUGUAAAGAGAAAGGAGGGAUAACAAAGACAGUUUUCUGUGCUGAAAAGAUGGUGCAGUCGGACAUAGAUUUUGUGUUGUUGGCUUUCGGUGAGUAUUUUCCAGACCACGUGACCAACAUGAAGACUCUAUUAGAGAAAUGUUGCGAAGAGGAAGAAAAAGGAAAGGAGGCCUCCUUGUAUUAUUAUGAAAAAAGAAUAAAAAAUGAAGGAGAAAGUGAUCACACUUUUGAGCAGAAAAAAGGAUUAGCUGAAGCUAGGGCUUGCAUGAUGUUUAUGGUGGAAGACUGCAUACUUAAAAAGGCAAUGGGUAUGAUUUAAUAUACCACAUGCAAAUGUAUUAUUUAUCUUGGUCUCAAAUAAACAUUCAUUGACUUGAUUGCCAA